AUGGUCCCGAACAGGAAUGUGUACGGAAAACCAAAGAAAAGUGGGAAAGGACAGUCACUAGGGUGGGCAGCUCAUCAGACAGCGAGUCACAGGGGCCGCGCUACCCAGCAUGCCUGGCGGGAGGUGUCCCUCCCCGAGGAGGUGGGAGAAGAGAGAUCCGAGCCCCGGGAAGUGCAGGCCAAGUGCACGCCGCUUGAGGUCGCCGUGCAUGACCUUGCUCACUGCGAGAGGGUGGUCAGGGACCUCACUUUCGGCAGGCGCAUCGGCUUCUAUCAGCUGCGUCACAACAUCGGCAACGGGAACUUCUCCCAAGUCAGACUCGGCAUCCAUGACCUCACCAAAGAGCAAGUCGCCGUCAAAAUCCUGGACAAAGUGCAUCUGGACAAACACUCACAGCGACUAUUCUCUGCUGAGGUCAGCUGCAUGGAGAAACUGUCCCAUCCCAAUGUUGUGCGUCUGUACGAGGUAGUGGAGACCUUCAGACGCCUGUACCUGGUGAUGGAGUACGCCUCUGGUGGAGAGCUAUACUCCAGUAUCUCCAGCAGGGGGCGAAUGUCUGAUGCUGAGAGUAGGCUGGUGUUCUCUCAGAUCCUGUCCGCAGUCAGGUACAUGCAUGACACUAACAUCAUCCACCGGGACCUGAAGGCCCAGAACGUGUUCUACGGCGCCGGCCAUGUGGUCAAGGUGGGCGACUUUAGCUUCAGUGCUGAGGUCAGGCCCGACGAGGUGCUCUCCACCUUCUGCGGCUCUCUGCCCUACGCCGCUCCCGAGCUCUUCCGGGACGAGGCCUACGUAGGGUCGUUCGUGGACCUCUGGGCGUUGGGCGUGCUCCUGUACUUCAUGGUGACCGCCUCGUUCCCCUUCAAUGGCCCAGACCUGCCUAAGCUGCGAACAAGCGUGCUCCAGGGCACCUACGCCAUGCCCUCCUACGUGCCCGAGCCAUGCCGGAGGGUCAUCGAGGGCCUCUUGACCCUGGAGCCUGCCCAGCGAUCCCCUAUCGCCCGGGUCAUGGCCAGCGGCUGGCUGGGUGGCAUCAGGUACCCGCUCCCAUACCCCCCGGCACCCCCCACACCUGCGCACCUGGCGGCUCCGGCGGCGGAGCUCUGCGCCCGAGAGCGUGCAGUAAAGGAGGUACUGGAGGAGCUAGGGAUCACCGAGGAGCACCUGAAGAACCACUCACAGCUGGACUGCCGGAGUCCUUUAACCGGAGCGUAUCGCAUUCUCCUGCACCGCAUCCAGAAGAGGAGCAGCGGCCUCCGCCCGGAGCGCUUCUAUCCCAGCCAACAGCACUGGUCCCACCCAACCUCUGCCUUCCACUUAGCAUUGUGCUCCAUCCUCUGA